UUGCAGAAAUGUUAGUGUUGGUCCAUAAAUAUGUCAAGUUGUUAGUCAAUUUAUGAUUCAUAAAUUGGAACUUAUGCAUAUAUCAGGAUUACCCAAGCAAUUAAAGUUGUUAGUCAAUUAAUAUCAUUUGAGUCCAUUACAACUUUUUUGUUUUGUUCCUGCACUCCAGACCUCAAGAUUUGAGCUUUUGUCUUGUUCAGUUUUGAUUACAAUUGAUUAAAACCUCAUGAAAAAUCCCAAAAGCCACCGCUGCAUGACAAAGUUUCAUUUAUGCAAACAAGAGUCCAGAAGAUUUUGACAAGAAGCCAUUAUAUUUGGCUAGUGCAUGAUUCCAUUUCUUAUCUGCCAAGUGCUAACACCACCACCACAAGUAGCCAAAAGUUUUAUUUUUAAUUAUCUCUUAGCAAAAUAAAAGCUCUCAAUUGCUUUUAACUUCACCCAUGGCAGCAACGAAGACAUGUAUAACUUCAAAAAAUGAAAACAAAAAGUCUAGAAUUAUGAGAUUGAUAAGUAGUUCAUUUCAUAUCUAAUUGUAUCUAGUCACAAACUCGUACUGCAUCAUAUCUAAUUAUCUUGUUAGUUCAAUUUUGUUACCAUGGUUCUCUUGCUCUUUACAUGUUCAGUUAGCUGCUUUGGUAGAAUGAUACUGAGGAAGGUGUUAAUUUGAGAGGAAGGUGUCAAUUUUCAACAACCUUUGCAAAGUUUUGGUUAUUUUUCUUGAUUAAAGAGGAAGGUGUUAAUUUGAGAGGUGAUUCUUGUUUUCUGUAGAGAUUCACUGAGAGAGAUAGAGAGGAGUAAUGGGAUUGAGAGGAUGAGAUGCAGCUUUUUGAAGUUGCUGAGAUAGCUUAUUUAGCAGGAACUUGACCAUGUUCAUCACAUGGAACUGAUGCAUGAUCGCGUUUUAAAAUAUCCAGAUCGUGUUCAGAAUUUGUACUUCGCAUUCCUCUUUGUUCUCCGGGCAGUGACAAGAGCUGCAGAUUACUUAGAGCAGGCUGAGUAUGAUACAGGUAAUCAUGAGGAAGACCUUAGAACAGAGUCUUUGAUGAGGCAGCUACUUUACAAUCCUCAACUCCAAGCUACAUGUCCCCUACCGUUUGAUGAAGCAAAGCUCUGGAACAGUCAGAGCGGACCACAAUUGAAGCAAAAAAUUCAAAAGAAAUUCAGAAACAUCAGUGCAUUAAUGGAUUGUGUGGGAUGUGAGAAAUGUCGGCUCUGGGGAAAGCUUCAAGUUCUUGGUCUUGGUACUGCAUUGAAGAUCCUCUUUUCUGUGGAUGGUAAAAAUCAUCAAGAUCAACUUGUAUGUCCAGAACUACAGGGAAAAGGAGAAGUUGGAGCAUAGGCUCUAAAAUGCACAGUUGGAAAAGGAGGAUAAGAGGCAGAGCUUUCAGCAACAUUUUUUGGGGAUUGCAGAUAGAAAACGGACACAUAUCUUGAGGAAGAUGGAGGAAGAUCCCUGCAAAGCUUUUCUUGAAGUAGAGGAAGAAAAGUACCUUGUAUUAUCUUAUAAACUCUUGUAUAAAAGCUUCAUUGCUUUUGUAACAUUCAUGAGAAAAAUCCAAAUGUAACAUUCCCUUUUCAAUAUGUUGAAUUCCUUUUUGUACA